AUGGGAGGGUUUGUCCAUCAAGAACAGCAUAUUCAUCAUCAUCAGCAGCACAUCCCUGACCUUAACCCUAAUUCCAUCCCAAACCCUAGUGCUAAACCAAAUUCGUCAUCAGCCAAGAAGAAGAGAAAUCAACCGGGCACCCCUGAUCCAGAUGCGGAUGUCAUCGCUCUAUCGCCAACAACCCUCAUGGCGACAAACAGAUUCGUCUGUGAGAUCUGCAACAAAGGGUUUCAAAGGGACCAGAACUUACAACUCCAUCGCCGUGGCCACAACCUUCCGUGGAAGCUGAAGCAACGAUCCAACAAAGAGGUGAUAAAGAAGAAAGUAUACAUAUGUCCUAUCAAGACUUGUGUUCACCAUGAUUCCUCUAGGGCCCUUGGAGACCUCACUGGGAUCAAGAAGCACUAUAGCCGCAAGCACGGGGAAAAGAAGUAUAAGUGCGAAAAAUGUUCUAAGAAAUAUGCUGUUCAAUCUGAUUGGAAGGCACACGCGAAAACUUGUGGCACUCGUGAGUAUAAGUGCGACUGUGGCACGUUGUUCUCCAGGAAAGAUAGUUUCAUCACACAUAGAGCGUUCUGUGACGCAUUGACAGAAGAAGGUGCGAGAAUGAGCUCACUUAAUAAUAAUAAUCCGGCGAUCUCUACAACAACGAUGAUGACGACGAGUCUUAAUUUUGGAAAUAAUUCACAUGCUAUGAAUAAUCCAAAUCUUCCUCAUGGAUUUGUCCACCGAGGAGUUCAUCAUCCCGACAUCAAUGCUGCUAUCUCUCAAUUUGGUUUAGGGUUUGGACAUGAUAUAAGUGCAAUGCAUACGCAAGGUUCAUCUGAAAUGGUACAAAUGGCCUCCACUGGGAACCACCACCUCUUCCCCUUGUCUUCAUCAUCAUUCCUCACUGAUUUCUCCGACCACCAAUACAACCAACAAUUCGAAAUUCCCACAACUUCCACAAACCCUAAUCUCACCUUAUCAUCAUCCUCAACAACACACCAAACCUCAGCUUCACUCCCAUCACUACAGCAACAACACCACUCUUCUUUCUCUCCACUCUUAUCCUCUGACAACAAACAAAACAAGCCUCUCUCUCCAAUGUCUGCCACUGCUCUCUUGCAAAAGGCUGCACAAAUGGGAUCCACUAGAAGCAACUCCACCACCUCUCCGUCCUUAUUCGCCGGCCCAAUAAUGACGUCAUCAUCAUCCGCCGCUUCACCUCCUCCUCGAUCAUCUUCUCCAAUGAUGAUCCAACAACAACUCAAUACCAAUGCAUCAAGAGAGAACCACAAUCUUGCUCCUCCAAACAGUGGUGUAACCACAAGUAAUGUGGAGAAUAAUAAUCCAUUUCAAUCAAACCGGUCAGGUCUAAACACGGCUCAGCAGAUGGGUUUAACCCGCGAUUUUCUUGGAGUGAGCAACGAGAAUUACCCUCACCAAACGGAUCGCCGUCCAUAUUUGCCUCAAGAACUCGCAAGGUUUGCUCCAUUGGGUUGAUCAAUUAAUGUAUGAAUUAAUUAGAUUCGAUUCACUGCCUAUUUGGCAUGUAAAUCAAGAGAAAGAUGGAGGACAAUAUUUUGUUUGUUACGAGGAGACAAGUCUAAGAGUCGUACUCCCUUGUGAGGCGGUCGGGAUGUGGGGACAAAGGUUGACAAGAUACCAUCAUAUCAGUUUGCAUUAAAUGCUAUGUACUUUUACUAUGUUUAUGAUGAUCAGUUUACAAUAAAUGCUAUGUACUUUUACUAUGUUCUGAUGAUCA